AUGGGUCGUGAUAAUCCAUCAGCCGUCACGGAAGGAGCGCGAAGUUUUCGAAAUUCUGGCCAAGUGGAAAAUGGACUGUAUGACUCCAACCCUGAUUCUGAUCCAUAUUCUGACACACCCGAGAUAAAAUAUCCAGAGGGAGGUUAUGCGGCGAACCUGGUACUCUUCGGAAGCUUCUGUGCUAUUAUGGGCGGCCUCGGUCUCAUGAAUAGUAUUGGCAUCUACCAGUCGUACAUCUCAAGCCACCAGCUGCGAGGUGUCGAUGAAGGUCAAAAAGCAUGGAUUUUUGGAAUUUACAACUUCAUGGUGUUCUUUUGUGGCAUUCAGAUUGGCCCUGUGUUCGAUGUGUAUGGACCAACCUGGCUCAUGAUGGGUAGCCUCAUGCUAUUCAUAACGACGUAUGUGGCAUUAGGCUUCUGCCAACUCUUCUGGCAAUUCGUUAUUGUCCUGGGCGUAGUUGCAGGGGUUGCAACAUCCAUUGUGUUUGUUGUCCCCGUUGCUACGCUGGGACAAUAUUUUUUUGUGAGGCGAGGGUCUGCGACUGGACUAGCCAUGUCAGGGGGAAGCCUCGGCGGUGUCAUGAUGCCCCUUGUAUUCGAUCACUUGAGCGAAGAGAUUGGGUUUGCCUGGACCACGCGAGUCAUAGGUCUUGUAACUAUUGUGUUACUCUUGAUCGGUUGCAUGACUGUACGAAGACGAAAAUCUUUCACGGAGAAUCGAGCUAACCGGGUCAAAAGUAUCCUGCCAGACAUGAAAGUACUCGCAAACCCACCCGUUUCUUUGAUGACUGCAGGAGUGUUUCUGAUUGAGUGGGGAUUCUUCGUUGGAUUGGAGUACGUGGCAUCAUAUUCUAUUGAGAACGGAAUGAGCAAGAAGCUUUCAUAUCUCAUGGUAGUCUUUUUAAAUGCCGGUUCCUUUCCAGGCAGAUGGCUACCAGGAGUAGUCGCCGACAAAUUUGGGAGAUUAAACACCAUGAUAAUCACCAAUGUUCUGUGUAUCGUCGCCAUGUUUGCGAUAUGGUUACCAGCAAAGGGCAACGUUGCAGCGGUCAUUGUGUUUUCAGUCGUCUUUGGGUUUGCCAGCGGAAGCAAUAUCAGCUUGGUACCAGUUUGCGUUGGAGAAUACUGCAGCACGGAACAUUACGGCCGCUACUAUACGACCGUAUACACAAUUGUCAGUUUCGGGGCAUUGACCGGUGUUCCUAUUGCCGGUCAGAUUAUCCAGUCGAGUGGUGGUUCCUACACUGGUUUGAUCGCCUUUGCUGGCGGCUCUUAUGUGGCUGGUGUGACUUGUUUCUGUGCCGUAUGGCUUAUGAACAGAUAUAGAAAGUAG